UUUUUUUUUUUUGAGUAACUAAGUAGUUAUUGUUGACAAUAUAAAAAAUAGUAUCUGAGUUAGGGGCAUUUCAUUUCUUCCUUAAAAUACAAGCAAAGCAACAACCAUUAACCGACAAUAAUGCCAAACAGCUUCUGAACAAUCAGCAAAACAACAUAUUUUAGCAUCUCAUACACAACACAACACAACACCAAAUCAAAUCAAAACACACCAAAGCUUCAAUAUGCCAAACCUCAUAUUUCUUUGCCUAACUAUUACAAUCUGUCUUUCCAUUUUCCACACCAAUUUCCUUGUACAAUCCCUCACUUCAUCCUCAGACAUUGAAGCUCUCAAAGCAUUCAAAGCCUCAAUCAAACCAUCUUCAAUCUCACCUUCAUCAUGUAUAGCAUCAUGGAACUUCACCAUUGAUCCAUGUUCUGUUCCUCGUCGAACUCACUUCAUCUGUGGAUUCACCUGCACCAUAGAUUCCACACACAUCAACCAAAUCACACUUGACCCUGCAAGCUACUCAGGUUCACUCACUCCACUCAUUUCUCAACUCACCCAACUCAUCACACUAGACCUUUCUGAUAACAACUUCUUUGGCCCAAUUCCAUCUUCAAUCUCUUCUCUUUCCAACCUCAAAACCUUAACUCUCCGAUCUAAUUCCUUCUCUGGUUCAAUUCCUCUUUCUAUAACCUCACUCAAAUCUCUUGAAUCUAUUGAUUUUUCACACAAUUCUCUAUCUGGGUCUCUCCCAAACUCAUUGAAUUCUCUCACAAACAUACACAGAAUCGAUUUAAGUUUCAAUAAGUUAACCGGUUCGAUCCCAAAACUACCACCCAACUUGCUAGAACUUGCAAUCAAGAACAAUCUUUUAUCUGGGCCACUUCAAAAAACAACCUUUGAUGGAUCAAACCAAUUAGAAGUAGUUGAACUAAGCGAGAACACACUCACAGGAACAAUUGAAUCAUGGUUCUUACUUUUACCAUCACUACAGCAAGUAAAUUUAGCAAACAACAGCUUCACGGGGAUUCAGAUCUCAAAACCAGCACGUGGUGGAGGAAGCAAUCUUGUAGCAUUGAACCUAGGAUUUAACAGAAUCCAAGGUUACGCGCCCGUGAAUCUCGCUGCGUAUCCUUUGCUGUCGUUUUUGUCGAUUCGUCAUAACUCGCUACGUGGCAAUAUACCAUUGGAGUAUGGGAAUAUCAAGUCUAUUAAGAGGUUGUUCUUGGAUGGAAACUUCUUGGUCGGAAAACCGCCGCCGGGGUUGUUAGCUACCGGAGCUACGGUUUCAGGGAGCUUGGGAGAUAAUUGUCUGCAGGUGUGUCCAGUUUCUUCGCAAAUGUGUGCGACUGCACAGAAACCAAACUCUGUUUGCAAACGAGCAUACCGUGGAAAAUCAUAGACCACUAUGGUUUGUGUGGUGGUUAUAUUAGUUAACUUAGCAGUUGAAAUAUAAAUAGAUUUUUUUUUUCCCUAAGGUUUUCUGUAUAACUACAUUGAUAUUAUUAGUAAGUAUAUAAUGUAAUGUAAUUGUAAGGAAAUAAAUCACUUUGAUGUAAUAAAAUUAGGAGAAUGUUAACUUGUGCCCUUAAGGCACAUGUUAAGGAAGCAAAAAUAGAAAUUAUUAAAUGCUAUUUUGUGUAUUUUGACUUUUGAAACAUUAAAUUUCUUGUAUCAUUAAAUAUUAAAUUUCUAUUUUGGUAUAUCUUAACAUGUGCCCUAAGGGCACAUGUUAACAAAACCCAUAAAAUUAUGUGAAACUUUGUGUU